CACACAACGAAUCUAGUGUACUGAGGCGAAUAGAGAAACUUCACUUCUUCCUGUUAGCUAGCAGUCAUAUAACUGAAUAUAAAACGAUUAUCAUGUCGUCGUUAUAUCUGGAGGAGACCUUAAUAUGAAUGGACAGCUGCGGGACUUCAACAGGACCGUUCUGGUGACUGGAGGCUCUGGAUUCAUUGGCUCCCAUCUCGUGUGUUUGCUGGUCAACAGACACCCCGACUGGAGAACGAUCAACCUGGAUGAUUUGGAUUACUGCUGCAGCCGCAGGAGUCUGGAGAGUGUUGAAGACAGAGCCAACUACACUUUUAUCAGGGGAGACGUGUGUAACUCACAGCUGGUGAAUCACAUUUUCAACACAGAAAACAUCGACGUGAUUUUUCACCUGGCGGCCAAAACGCACGUCGAGUCGUCGUUUGAGACUCCGUCUGCUUUCCAGCGUGUGAACAUCGACGGGACCAGAGUGUUACUGGGAGCCGCCCAUCAGGCCCGACACCAGCCGCAGCGCUUCGUCUACGUCAGCACCGACGAGGUGUACGGGGCCGGUCUGGACCGGGUGUUUGAUGAGAGCAGUCCAGUGAGGCCCUCCAACCCAUAUUCAGCCACGAAAGCAGCUGCAGAGUACCUGGUCCGAUCCUACUGGGACAAGUAUAAGUUUCCCAUCAUCAUCACCAGGAGCAACAACAUCUACGGGCCCAGACAGUUCACUGAGAAGGUCAUUCCGAGGUUUCUCACCCUCUUGCGAGUGCACAAGAAAUGCACCAUCCAGGGAACCCUCCCUCAAUCGCGCCAUUUCCUGUUCGUCGAUGACGCCAUCGACGCCUUCCUGCUGGUUCUGGAGAAAGGCAUUGUGGGAGAAAUUUACAAUGUGGGAACAAGCUGUGAGAUUCCCAUCUUGCAGCUGGCCAGGGAACUCGUUAAGAUGGUCAAGAAUGUUCCAGACUCCGAGGUCAACGAUUGGCUGGAAUUUGUGCCCGACAGGCCGCACGUCGACCUGCGCUACCCCAUCAGCUGUGAGAAGCUGCAGCAGCUGGGCUGGAGAGCGGAGGUGUCCUGGGCUGAAGGCAUCCGACGGACCGUCAAAUGGUACCAAGACAACCCAGACUUCUGGUUGGACGCAAGAAAUGACCAAGAGCCAAUCAGAAGCAGGCUUCAAGAAGACGCCAACAACAAAGUUAUUUCCUGCAAACAAGUCGAGUCACAGCUCAACCAGACGUCGUCCUCGCUGCAAGCGAGUAGCUCACCGAUUGGUGGACCGUCUCAAAGGCGGAGCAACGUUUCACCUUGAAACGAUGCUCUUUAUAUUAUUUACCAAAUCGGCCGAUGUCGACAGGCGUCUCAUGUCCUUGGUUGCCGUUCCUUCACGCUUCAAAUUGAGCGUGAAGCUCUUAAAUACACUGACCAAAUAUUCUGGACGUCGGCUCAAAACAUUCAGGACGCAGAUGGAAAAUUUUAAUUUUACGUGCACUCAACGAGGUUACUCAGAGAAAUGAAAGACAGUAAAUGGCGGCUUCACAUCUCAGAUCAAUGUUUUACUUUUGAUUGAUUUAUAAAAUGGAGAAGGGAACCGUUUGUUUCAUACACAUUCUACAGAAGAUAUUUUUCAUAGAAUUCUGUAUUUAACUGGAAUAAACUUGAUUAUUUAAUAACACGGUUGCUUUUCUUAAACAUGUACAAUCCUACACUUACAAAGAAAAAAAGGUCAACACACCGUUUACAUUUGCAAAUCCAAACCUUUAUUUGUGGUAAAAUCAGAAUAGAUGCACAGUUUUUUUUCUCUUUUCUUCGUGCAGUGCUCCUCUUUGUGCACAUCUGCUAAACUAAUACAUAAAGCAAAUACUAACUAGCAGGCUGGAGGUGCUGUGUGUUCACAUUGAGGGGUCUGGCCAGUCAGCAACGGCAACAACACUGGGCUUUAUCUCAUUUCAAUUCAGUCACUAAACAGCAAUCAUUCCUAAAUACAACUACAACCCUCUAAAGUUCGUUGAAUUGAAAGUAAAAAUAAAGCUGCAAAGUAUUGCCUUGGUUCGGUGUCCCCACUGUUUUCCCAGAAUGACAGUUUUGACGUGCAUACAAAAAGGUGUGAUAAUUCAACUCCGCACCAUGUCGUCUAUGGCAUCGAAUGAGGCUUUGCUGGGGCCGCAUUGCAUUCUGGUCCGUUGAGGCUACGGUUAAUGGACAAAGGAUUCGUCCCUGUAAUAUCGUGUUCUAUGGAUCAGCUACUGGUUGCAAUAAAAACUCAUGUAAAAGACA